AUGAAGCAUGUGGUGAAGAUCUUGAGCCUGGUGGUGGCAGUCUCUGCCUUUUGGAUUACUCUUUUGCAGGCUGCAAUUGUUCCACAAAGUCAUACAUGGUUGCUACCUAUAUACUUUGUAGUUUCACUUGGAUGCUAUGGUCUACUAAUGGUUGGAGUUGGGAUAAUGCAGUUCCCUACCUGUCCUCAAGAAGCAGUUCUUUUGAACCAUGAUAUUGCAGAGGCAAAAGAAUUUUUAAGCACAAACGGAAUAGAUAUUGGAACGUAUUGA